AACAGCAACACCAAUACCUUUCGUCUGUGUAUCUGGUGAAUCGUGGGAAUAUGGCCUGGAAACUUGUCAUUUUCACUUUCUUAGCUUUCCGUUACUGUCGUAGUGAAAGUGAUACAAAACAAUGGAUACCAAACACUAACUAUGAUAAUCCCAACAACUGGAAUGUUGGUCGACUUCCCUGUCACAAUGAUCAUAUUAUUUGGACAGAGGAUGUAUCAGUGUUUCUUCAAACCAACACAACUAUGAGAGAAUUGACCCUACCAUUGAAUGGUGUUAUAACUCUGGCUGAUAAUACAGUCCUUAGUCUCUCUGAUCAAGAUGUGGAUCCUGAAUGUGAAGGAACAGAUGUUGAGUUCCUUCGCUCUGGUACCAAAGAUUGGUUAGAUCCUGAUAACUGGCUUAGUUCCCAAGAGUCAAUACUGGUGGAAACUGAGAAGGUUCCUUGCACUUUUGAUUCUGUUAUAUUCCCAGAAAAUAAUAAAUAUCUUGUGUGGCUGGAUAAUGAUAUUACUGUUGGAAAGAUUACCUUUGAUGGUCAGGCUUAUGUUAAUGGAAAAUCUUUUAGAGAUGACAUGAUGAGUUCUGAUCAGCUUAGAUCCAACUCUCCGCGAAAUUUGAAUAUACUAAAUACAGAAUGCGCUGAUCCGUCAGGAUGUGCCUGUAGAAGAAAUGAUACGCAGUUGAGCCAAUAUAUUUGUAGCAAGGUCAAUUGUUAUGAGCCAUUAUGUCAAGAAGGAUUCGCCCCUGUUGGUGGUUGUUGUCAAAUGUGUGGUUGUACACUGUCUUUGCAAUAUGAUCAUAAUAAGUUCAACUUGAACAACUUCAAGUCUGUGUUACAGAAUAACUUUAAGGUAAAAUAUAGUGAUGUACGCUUCUCAACUUCCAAAACCAAUGAAGGCAGAAUCCAAGUAGUUGCUACUGAUAUGAAUGAUGGCAAGAUGGCAAUAUCAUGGUGCAAUGAAGUCAAAGCUGAUAUACUGAUAAACCUUGAUGAAUUUGGAGUCAUUGGUGUGACACUACAGUCAUCUGGUGAAAGUCUUCCACAAUUCACAGCUGAUAAACCCAUUCAAAGUGGUGUUAUUGCUGGAAUUGUUAUAUCCAUUCUUAUUUUGCUUGCCUUGGUUGUAGUGGUUGCAUUUUUAUGUAGGCAUAGGAUUACUUCCAAGGGUCAGUAUCCUCAUAGUGGUUUAGAAUUUGGCAAUGCUGAGUUCAUAAAUCAUCCAACUGAUCCUACAGCUGAAUUGAAGGGAUUUGAUAAUCCAAUGUACGAUACUCCUCCUAAUAAGCCAGUAGAGGAAGCUGGAACAAAGUUCAAUCCAAUUUACACAUCAGUUGGUGUGUUGGAUGAAGAUGAUGUUACUAUGUUAGGAUUUGCUAAUCCUGUUGAUAUUGAGACAUCAUUCACUAAGGAUGAAAGUCAAGAUGAUGAUGAUGAUGAUAUUAAGAAACCCAUUGAUGAUGACUGCAGUAUGUGAAUGAAGUGAAUGGCUACUUUGUUGUGCAUUACUGCAGAGUUGUAUCAAUAAUCUGUCAUAUGUACUCGAUGUAGUUAUAAAUUACUGCUAUUUACCCAAGGGUAACAUUCACACAUAAACAUGAUUUAUUUUUGCUUUGCUUGUAAUGACUGCAAAGUAUAGUGAAUACCGGUACUUUAUCUUUUUUUGAUGUCAUCGUUAUUAAAAAUUAUUUGUGUCCUGGAUAACAUUGGUAAUGUUUGGUUAUUUUAUCAAUGUAUAAUCUUGGUGAACUUCAAUGUUAGUGUUUUUACCACAUAAUUGUUUUUAGAGAUAUUAGUGAAAAUGCAUCUCCCUGCCAAAUUUUAGUCAGUAAUAAAUGUUGGUAGCCCUCCCUCCCCUUGUGCCAUAUUUUGAUUUAUACAAUUAAUGUUAUAUGAUAUGAAAGACAUUGAAAUUAACAGUUUUUGUAAUAAUAAUAAUAAUUAGUAAUUUGUUGAAUUACAGUUAUUUCUGUAUCAUAUCAAUCAUGGUUCAGGGACUUUUAUUUUAAUUGUAUUUAAAUAUUAUUUUUCUGUGAAUCUGUCAUUGUUCUUUGUAGCAUUCUUGUUUCCAGCUUCCAAUUGUAAAGCUUAUAAUUUUUGUCUUUUAUUAUGUAAAAACUGUGUAAUACACCACAUUUUUGUGUAACUUGCGCAUAGUAGAGAAGCUUCCCCAUGUGUUUGUAUGUUAGUAUAGAGCAAAGCAUAUAUUUCUAUGUAAUAUUCAACAGUAAUACAACAUUAUGUCAAGCAACUGAUUAAAUCUGGUUCUUAGGUAAUCCUAUUUUCCUUGUUUAGCCACCAUGGUUGAAACAAAAUCCUUCUUAGCAGAAGCACACAUAAUCAUAAUUAGGUAAUGCUAUUUGAUGUUCAUGACAUGUAAAAGACAGACAUAUAUUCAGUUUACAUUAAAUACAAUGUUUGGUUUAAGUGUGCUUCUAAUAGACCAGCAAUUACUAGAGUACAGUACUACCUGUAAAUUUCACUAAUCAUAUAAUAGCUCAUAAAUCUGAACUCCAUAUACAGACCUACAUAUUUCAUUUGGGUUUAUUAUAUUAAUGAUGGAUUCAA